AUGAGCCGGAACCUGCACCCAGAGGGCGACGGGCCGAUAUACGUCCAGCCGACUGCAGCUGCCCACGGGCCGGCUUUUGUUGCGCGUGGCACCUUUGCUCUUCCCACUGGCGACGCAUAUAUGACCGGGAUUCCGCUCAAUGGCCACGCCAUGGGAGUCAACGCGAAUUACGCCUUCGAUUUUGGGGGUCACACUGCGAGGGCCACAUCUGUUACGGCCGACAUGGAAUUAGGGACAGACGGGGUCCUGAACGACGACGGCUCAUCUCAUGUUGAGCAGAUGCACAUGCCGGGCUCUUCUUCAGGCAAUACUGUGGCUUACUUUGUGCCAAUGGAUAGGACUUGGGGCCCGUAUUGA